AUGGAGAGUCCGGAGCAGGUGGACGAUCUCAGGCUGCCGGACGAGCAGAGCUCCCAUGUGGAGAGGAGACGGUCCGUCUGCAGGGCCUGGCCCGACUGGUUGAUGGAUGAAUGGAUGCAGCAGCAGCAGCAAUUACUGGAGUAUUUGCAUCCUACCUACGCGCCUAAGGAUUCGGAGAAGGCUGUCUGCUACGACCCGUCCAUCUGGUUGUCGACUGGGGGGGGCUCUUUUGUCCUUGGAGCCGCCGACGUCCCCACCGUCGUCAUAGAGCCCGAAGACCAUUUCUCCGGCCGAGGCUUCCCAUUUGGAGAGGAGACCGUCCUUCCCCGAGCCUGGCCCGACUGGUUGAUGGAUGAAUGGAUGCAGCAGCAGCAGCAAUUACUGGAGUAUUUGCAUCCUGCCUACGCGCCUCAGGAUUCGGAGAAGGCUGUCUGCUACGACCCGUCCAUCUGGUUGUCGACUGGGUGGGGCUCUAUUGUCCUUGGAGCCACCGACGUGCCCACCGUCGUCAUGGAGCCCGGGGACCAUUUCUCCGGCCUAGGCUUCCCAGAGCGACGGACUUGUCUUCAUGGAGAGUCCGGAGCAGGUGGACGAUCUCAGUCUGCCGGACGAGCAGAGCUCCCAUGUGGAGAGGAGACCGUCCAUCUGCAGGGCCUGGCCCGACUGGUUGAUGGAUGA